UUGAAAGUAUACAGGAGCAUAUGGAUUAGACCAACGACAAUUUGUGUCUGCAGUAAUAAAACAACGCUCAUUAAACAUAAAGUUUUGGAAUGAAAUCUUAACAAUAAAAAUGAGUGAGAAAAUUAACGUACACCCUGUUCCUGGCGACAUGAAUCAGAUUGAAAUUAAUAACACAGAUAAGGAAGCAGUUACUGAACGGGACACAGAUGCAGACGGUGUCCUAACUGUAAGCGAUGGACAGGACCACAAUGAGAAGAACGGAGGACAUGAGAAACAAGGACCAAAGAAAUGGCGCGGACCACCGAAGAACUCGAACCGCUACGGCAUUAGGCAUUCAUUGGAGAAAAUGGCAGUAAAGUACAUUCCGCCGAAGAUUGAAGGACCCAAGACACCACAAAAUCCAUGUGACCCGUGCUUACGAGAGAAACACUGCGUGGAAGCAACAAAUUACUGUCCAGAGUGUAAGGAGAGGCUGUGUGCAAUGUGCACCAGUCAACACAAGAAGUUCCAGAUUCUCAAGACUCAUAAGGUGUUAGGAGUUGAAGAUGCACCAAGACCUGAGGUGCCGAAGAGCGAGAAGAUCAAAUGUUCGGAAACGUGCAAGAAACAUGCCAACAAAAUGCUCGAUCUAUAUUGUCGAGCACAUGAUGAGGUCGGCUGUUCUGCAUGUAUGGCCGUGAACCACAAGGAAUGUCCAGAACCGGAAUACAUCGUCAACGCAGCCCCUGUGAUCUUGAAGUCUGGUCUUGCCAAAGACUUCAAAGAAGAAAUCUGUCGUGUAAAACAGGAAGUAAUUACGUUGAAAAUGAGAAGGUCGGGGGAUAAAAACAGAAUAACUAAGGAGAAGACUCAAAUUCUUGAAGGUAUCGAAGGGCUAAGGAAGAAGAUUAUGGAAAUUUUGUAUUCACUUGAAGAAUCGGCUAAAGAAAAACUUAUGACUUAUUAUGAAAAGCUAUCUAAUGGAAUAAGCAAUGACAUGCACGAUUGUGAAUCUGCUCUGGCAUUUCUUGAUCGCAGUAUGGAGAAGAUUAAAGCUGACUCCGAUGCACAGUUAUUCAUAGAUAUUAAGAAAGACGGGAAAGCAAGCUUGAGACAAGGUGAACAUGUUAUUGCAUCUGUAACAGAAAAACUAGGCCAAGAGGAGAUCAAAUUUACUGAAGAUGAAAGCAUUGCUGAAUGGAUCAGUAAGUUAAUAGCCCUUGGUAAAUUCGAUCAUGAAGUGAGUGUGUUCUCGGGAACAUUCUUUGGAAAGUAUGAUUUGGAUGAGAAAAGCGAUACAGAGAAAGAAAACUACGCUUUUAACAGCCUGCUUAAUCUACCAAAUGGGUUUACCAUUGUUAGUGAUUGGAAUAAUAAACGAUUGAAAAUUAUUGAUACAAACUACAACCUGCGCAGCCACUGUGACACACCCGGUAUGCCAUAUUCACUUUGCCUGAUAAAUCAGGAACUAAUUGCAGUUUCAGUCAGAGACGAGAAAAUCAUACAGUUUGUUUCAAUUUUAGAACAAACGAAAAUGAAGCUGGAUAGAAAAUUCAAGAUUGAUGAGUACUGUCGGGGUAUGGCUUACAAGGACAAUAAGUUGUUUGUAACCUGUGGAGGCGGGGAAGGUGAGAUAAAUGGUCAACUCCGGGUCUACUCUCUACACGGGGCUCUCGUUCGAGUAUUCGAAGAAGACGUUCAAAGUAAACCGUUCUUCGCCCAACCGAAAGACGUAAUAGUAAAUGACGAAGGCACGCGUUUUCACGUUCUGGAUUUGAAACGGGGAGUAGUAACACUUUCAAACGACGGUCGAUUAGUUUCAGUCUUCCGUGACCCCGGGUUGCAGACGCCGUUAGGAAUUUGUAUGGACGGGAAAGGCAAUCUCUUUGCGAGCGGGAGUGACUCGAAUAACGUUUUGCAAUUCAACGUUGAAGGGAAGAAAUUGUCUGAAGUCCUGAAAGAAUCAGACGGACUGACGAAACCAUUAGCAAUAUGUUGCCAUGAAGGUGUGAAUCCUCGACUUAUCGUCACAUUUGAGGGAACGUGUACCGUCAAGGUUUUCACACUCCAGGAAUGACUGUGAACGGAUGAAACUUAAAAAGAGUUUCGAAUGUGAACGGAUGAAACUUAAAAAGAGUUUCGAAUGUUUUGUGUUUGUUCAGCCUUAAAUUUUUGGCGAUUAUUUUACUACAACUUUGUUGACACUUGUGUUCUAUUUCUUGAAUGUGCCUGCCAGUUUAUCAACAAUGUGUACACACCAAGGGAGAUAAGAACGUGUUACAAUAUUGUCAUUCAAUUUGAGAGUUUUCGUCUGGCGUUACUUGUAUCCAAUAUGGCGUCACUCGUGUUAGCUCUUUAUUUCACAAAUAUUAUCAAGUAUCUUAUUGGUUAUUCUAUUUAUAAUGUACCUUUAUUGAAUGUGCUAUUUACUCAGAAACAGUGUAUUUUGAUUAUCAAACAUUUACAUCGAUACUGUUAAAGCAGUGUAACUGUAUGAAUUUAAUAUACGCAAAAAAUGCAGACAUAGUAUAAUUGCGGGCAUAUAAUUAUACCAUGUCACAACUCAGGAGACUUUGUUCGAUUAUUCAUUAUCGUUUCCAAGAACGAAAUCUUGCUUCUUUGGUCAAGUAACUUGUUAUUGGAACCUGUA